UGUCAAAUUUAAAAUAGAGUGACAUUACACACGUUUAUGUUUCCUUUAUAUAAUUUCAUAGCAAAUUUUCAUAUGGCUUAACCUAGUGUUUUUAUACGAUUGGGGUCCUGUAGAAUGGCAGACCAGGAGGAAGAUAGGCUCAUGAAUGCCGGGAAAGCCGUAGUUGUGGUGGAUCAGCAGCCGUCAUCCGCGAGUAGAAACAAGCCCUCAGGGCAGGACGGGCCUAGUGACGGGCCCCACAAUAGACCAAAAGUACCCGGCAUCCCUUCGGUAGCAGAGAAGGUAAAAGAAGAUUUAAACCAGACGAGUCAUGCAAUAUCAAAGUCAUAUGAAAAAAAUAAAGUGUCCAAGGAAAUCAUCAAUCAACAGGAUGCCAAGAUGCCAUGCACAGCUUCACAUGUGCCAGUUAAACAGUCGGAGACCAUAGAACUAACGAAAAUAGGGUCAGGAUCCACCGUACCAGUAAUUAAACAAUGUCCCACAACGACAUCAAUAAAGAAGAUGGAUCCUAACUUCGAAAAGCGUUUCGUAACCACGUUUCCAGCAGAAAUGGGAUCUGAGCCAACAGUGUCAGAAGUUCCUAGACGAUUUGAGGGCACGGUAUCGAAAAAGAAAUUAGAACCUAUUGCAUCAAGUACUGUUAAUCGGUCGGAAGAUAAAGGAUCGGAAAUUAUAGAAUCGGAAUCUGCCAAAAGAGUAAAACAAUCCCAACCAAUUCCUCAGGAGGUAAAGCCUCCGAUCGUGAAACCUUCCCUGGCCUCGAGGAAGACGACAGAUGAGAGCUCAGACGAAGACAGUCUCCCAGACAAUAUUGUAGUGCUACCUCGUCGCGAAGAAACUAGGAUCUCCGCCUGGUCCGAAGACCAAGAGGCCGGCGGGCUGCCGCGCACCGACUCCAUGUCCACGAGAAUGUCCCGCGCCGUUCGCCAGCUGUUCUGCUGCGGCGUGGUUUACUCUCCCCCAUCCGAGGACGGUAUCUCCACUACGCGACUAUCGUCGGGCAUCUGAAGACACCCUCCAUACCUACAAACGUAGUCCCUAUAGCUUUUUUAACAACUUGAUGUUUUUUUAACUACAACUACGAAUAUGCCCCUUUGUUUUUUUUCUGUAGAAUUAUUACAAAUCUUACAAGCUUUUAAAAAUUUGUAUGGAAUUUGUUUAUCGCUCCUGCAAAAGUCAAACAAAGGUAACUAUGGUUACUAAACAAUAAAUUGUGUAAAAAUAUUUUCCGUAAAUUCAAUAUCCAGUAAGGAAACAGGAACUACGUUUGUAUGGAGUGGUUGUAGUCCACUAUUGCCUUAAGACCACAUGAAGCAUGCGUAUGCGUAGUACUGCUCAGUACCGAUGCCUUAUAUGUUUACCUUUACUGUAUCUAGAAGCUUCUUGGUUAUGUUAAUGUUUACUAAUACAAGGUGAAGGUAAUUAUAUAGAAGUUGACAGGCAAUAUAAAGCUCAGUUGACUGAGCCGUGUAAAUGAAUCUUAAACAGAAUAUACAUAUGGACGUCAUAUGGCAAUAUGACCAUAAAUCCCCCCUCUCUCAUAUUUAAAAUGCCUGCUGAAAGUGCCAUUAUGCAAUAAUGUAGGACCCACUUCCAACCCACACUGGUGAAAUAAAAGUUGAAUUUCUAGGUUUGUAUUACACAAGGGUAUAUUUUAAAAUAUAAAUAGGGCUACAUAACCUACUUAUAAGAAUAGGUAGGUACAUGUAUAUUGUAAUGUACAUAAUAUUUAAUGCAAUAAAAAUUUGGUUUUGGUUUUUA